UCACGAAACACGUUUCGCAUAGAAAACCGUACGCGAUAACUUAUGACGCAAAAUUGGUGACCCAUGCUCGAAAGCUCGCCAAAACAAGAUGGGCCAGUCUCGUGCGGUCAGCAACGCGAUUGGUACAUAGAUCAUCGUCCUUCGGUAUUACUGAGUGCUCUCAGAACAGGUGAGAUUUUGUGAAGCAUGACUGACUCCAUCGGCGGUCAAGGUUAUCCAAUGAACUCUUUCCGAGAACUAAUCAGUGCCGAAGAUUGCGAGCAAAUUGUACGAAACGCAUUGGGAUCUGAUAAGGCUGCGGUGAUCGAGUACACGAUCACGAAAAUUCCUGGACACAUUGGAUUCUUAGGAGAAUAUCUCCAGCUGGAAGUGCUGGUAGAGAAUAAUGGACAUCAGUCCAGUGAGCGCUACUUUCUGAAAUCGCUUCCCAUUACGGACAAGAACCAACGAGCCAUGAUGGUGUCGUUGGGAUUUUUCCGUAAAGAAGUUGUAGUGUACUCUCGGAUACUAAGCGAGUUUGGUCACAAUGAAGCAACAUCAUGUAAGUGGCGACCGAAUUGCUAUCUCACCCGAGAGGAUCUCAUCGUUCUGGAAGAUCUAAAGUGGCAGCAGGGAUUUAGCAUGAUACACUUCCAAACGGCACUAGAGCAAAGCCAUCUUAAUCUGGUGUUGGAAUCGGUGGCUCAGAUGCACGCUCUGUCUUUGAACUACGAAUACAAUUGCGUCGAUGGUCAACGUUUGGACGAGCUGUACGCGGAUGUUCUCUUUGAGACGACCGUUAUUCGAGAUAACAGUUGGUUUAUGGCCGGCUUAAGCGGUAUUAAAGCAAUUGCGCUGAAUGGAACCAAAUACUGUGCAGAUCCAGCAAAGAAGCAAAUCAUGGAGCAGCAAAUAGAUGAAAAACUAAACGAAAUUUUUGAGGUUGUCAAGCCCACACAUGACUUCCAAAGCGUUCUAGUUCAUCGUGACAUUUGGCUCAACAAUCUAAUGUUUCAAUACGAGAAAGACUCCUCAACCGGAGAAGACAAGCUGGACACUCCCAAGAGUUGCAUUCUAUUGGACUUCCAAAUUUGUCGUUAUUUGCCACCGAUCGUUGAUUUUAUACUGACUCUCUAUCUCACCACGAGACGAUCGCAUCGUGAUGAAUUUUUCCAGGACUAUCUGAGUUUCUAUUACGAACGCCUGUCUGAUAAGAUGCGAGGAUUCGGACUGGAUCCAGAUCAAGUUCUAAGUCGCAGUGAACUGGAACGUAGCCUAGGACACUACAAAAUCAUUGCGCAAGUCUUUUCCGGGGUUUAUCUGGGCUUGACUAAUCUACCGGAAAAUGUGUUGGACCAGUUGCACCAGGACGAUCCGGAGCUGUACCACCAGUAUUGCAACAGCAAUCGCGAUGAAUUCUUGCUGAAAUAUCUGCGAGAGGAUGAGUUUUACCGCGAAACGAUGACCGAAUGCGUGGAGGAGAUCGUGGAAUAUUUUUUCGGGUUCGGGGAAGAGGAUCAAUAAAAGAGCAAAAUGUCUAAGCCUCAGAGACUGGGUGCAAACUUAAAAACUUAAA